AUGUCGGACCUCACGAGGGAGAUACCAAAUGCGCGGGUGCUACUAUAUGAUCAUGGAGAGCCCGGCGCUCGCGAUGACUUGAAUUCGCUGGCUCAUAAUCUGCUGAACCAGCUCCACCAGCGGCGACUUAGCACUUUCAAGGCGAUCUCGGCGGAUUUGAAAGUCUGGACCUUCCUGGAGACUGUUGAUUCCACCAUCAAUAUCGCAAAGUCGGAAAUGAGCGCCACUGCCGAAGUUCACGUACCAAUCACCUCCAUUCGAUCUGGCCUACUAGGUCUGGAGCAUGAGAAAGAAAUACCUCUCGCUACUGAUCAUGUAGGAGCAGCAUACUUCAAGGGUCAAGAGAAGUCUACAAGGAUGAGCUUCAUAAAGGAGCUUCAAUCAUCCGUCUCCAUGGCAGUACGACUGUCUGCUCUUGUGGAUGAGCCACUCCAUGUCAAAAAGGAAGUCAUGGUUCAGGUCAAUGGGUUCUUUGAAGAUCCUGUACUUGGAGUCAGCGAGGAGACGCCUCUGAAGCUUUGGUCUACCAAAGUAACACUCCAUGAUUAUCUGUCAAGGGGCCCGUCCGAGUGCCUCAGAGAUAGGCUAAGCAAGACCAGCAAGAUGCCGCCUGGCUCUCUGGAUGAUUCCUCAGUGAGCAGCUUUGACAGCCGACGAUCGUCUAUUCAUUCAGAGUCAGAACCCGAUGAGCCAGUGAAUGUGACGAGCGAGAAAGCCGAACAAAUCCAGCCCAGUCCUUCUCUCAAAAAGAGUCGCAGUUUCAUGCCCAUGGCUUCUCCGAGAAUUCAUAUCAGCGAGCCCAGUACCGAAAGCUAUCUUGAGUUAGGCGACGGGAACGUUAGCUUCCAGCUAGAUGAGCCGGUAGUACAGCAGGGAGACACCCCUCAGAACGAAGGUAGUGACAGUGAAGCGGGAGAGGUUCCGAAUGAGAGCUCCCAUGCCAAAGCGAGCCAAACAAAAUUACUGUGUGCGCUAAGUAUUCCGUCGAGGUUCAGUCUGAGCAUGUUCAUAAAUGAGGAAAAUUGGUUUUCAAAGCUGAUCAGAGCCCGUCACCUUGAACCUCACGCUCGUUAUGUACGCCCUUCGUGCAUCCAUUCCCGGCAGAAUGAUGCCUCGCCCAGCAAUCCACCAAGAGUCAUGGAGGACCCUCAGCUCGCUCUAUAUCUUCAUUGGGAUACGUACUGGAAUCUAAUACAACGCCGGAGAGUUGUGCAAGACCGACUGCGGCAAGGAAGAUCCAGACCCGUACCAGACAAAAUAUCCAAGGCGCAUUUGGAAUCAAAAUUGAUUUGGAAGUUCCUCGGAAGUGAGCCUCCAAUUCACAUCAGGAGAACGUUGGACCAGUUUGGAUACCCCAACCUGAGAUCUACUGCUGCCCGAGAUGAUGAUCAAAUGCUCUGGAAAAGGACGAGGAAACCAAUCAAUCUCAAGGAUGAGAUAGGGGAUUCAGUGAGAUUGGAAAGUGAUUCAAGCGUUCCGGACGUUUUUGAGGAUGGCAAAGUUCUCAUGGUAGACCAGCUAUGGCUUUGGAUAUUGGACCAGAGAACGGUCGUGACCUUUUUCCCCAACCAAGAGGCUACAACAUCCGAGGGUAGGCUCUAUGAACAAGCAAACUUACACAACAGUAUCUAUAAUGAACUCAAUGGAGAUCUGGCACGGCGUUUCGAGACUGCUGGUGAUCUUGCUGCGCUCAUAGUACAACAUGCUGUCACUGUUCUACUUGACAGGACCUUGCACCAUGACCUACAAAUCCUCCGAAUUUUCGAAGAGUCCAUCAGCAUCUUGACAGAAUCAGUGACCAAGUCAUUUAAGCGGUUCCGAAGUCGCGGGUUUACCAUUAACCCUGCUCAACACAACAAAACGGCCGAUGGAAGAACAAUGACUGAGGCGGAGCGUGAUGAAAGAGAUAUCCGUGUAGCAAGACAGAACCGAGAAGAUCUGUCUGCGCUACUGGAACUGAGGGAUAUUAUGGAUGAACUAGGAACGAUCAUGAAUCUUCUCGAACAGCAAACCACAACAGUCAAGACCAUGGCUAGGUACUUCGAAGACAGGGGAUAUGGCAAGAUCUUUGUCGAAGCCACGCUGGCCAGGCUCGACGAAUAUCGCAACCAAGUCCAGGAAAUGAGGGAGAAUACCAUCCUGGCCCAGAAAGCCGUAGAGAAUCUUCUCGACUUGAAGCAGGAGCAAGCCAACGUCGAUGAAUCACGACUGGCUCGGUGGGAGGCAGAAGUAACCCAAACCCAGUCACGGUCCGUGAUGGUUUUUACAAUCUUCACUGUCAUAUUCUUACCUCUCUCCUUUUUCACAUCCUUAUUCGGCAUCAAUGUUCAAGAAUGGAGCGGCACUGAGACAAAUCCCGAUUUCCGUCAAAUGUUUCUGAUUGCAGGCCCGUCAUCAGUCGCAAUCAUCGUUAUCGCCCUACUCUUAGCCUUCAACGAGACACUCCGGGAGACUGUUGCCAAGGCACACGCAAUCCUCUUCGGAAUGGCUCGAGACUUCCUCCUAUCUCCCGCUAAGAAGGUUCUUCAUCUGUCCAGAUCUCCAGAAGAGCCCUUGGACGUGCAUCAUCAAAAGAACCGCUUUGAUCGCUAUCUGUCCUCCCGGCGGUAUCGCAGGCAAUUAGAGGAUGAUAUCUGGAAACAGCAUCCUGAUUGGAUGAUUUCGCCGCUGCCACCUGUGGCAGAGUACGAGAUGAUGCCGCCGGGAUACGAUUACUCCACGAAGCUGAGAGAGUCGAGUCGGCAGGGAAUCUCGGCUUAG